CUAAGCAUCCAUCAUCCGCUUGCUUGCUGUCCGGCCAGAGCAACGACUGGCCAUGGGUUCCACCAAGCCACUCCGGCUGAUCCAGCACAAGAAGGAGGCCCUCUGGUUCUACAGCUUCAUCUCCUUCGGCUACGACCAUGUGUUCAACCCAGGCCAGUACACCGAGGACAUGCGCGACAUCUCCCUGGAGCAUGCUCGCCUCCAUAGCCGGGCCCUCAAGGUGGUCGACGUCGGUGGUGGCACUGGCUUCACCACGCUCGGCGUCGUCCGGUAUGUCGACCCCGAGAACGUGACGCUGCUCGACCAGUCGCCGCACCAACUCGACAAGGCCAGAAAGAAGAAGGCCCUCAGGGGCAUCAAGAUCAUGGAGGGUGACGCCGAGGACCUCCCCUUCCCCGCCGACACCUUCGACCGAUACGUCUCCGCUGGCAGCAUUGAGUAUUGGCCUGAUCCGCAGCGGGGGAUCAAGGAGGCCUACAGGGUCCUGAGCGCCGACGGCGUGGCUUGUAUGAUAGGCCCCGUUCGCCCGACGUUCUGGCUAUCUCGCUUCUUCGCUGACAUGUGGAUGCUCUUCCCCACGGAGGAAGAGUACAUCGAGUGGUUCGAGAGGGCUGGCUUCAAGGAUGUCGAGCUCACCAGAAUCGGGCCAAAGUGGUACCGCGGUGCCCGUAGGCAUGGCCUGGUCAUAGGGUGCUGUGUCACAGGCAUCAAGACACAAAGCGGGGACUCCCCUUUGCAGCUUGGUCCGAAGGCCGAGGAUGUUAGCAAGCCACAUGUGAACCCCAUCUUCGUCUUCUUUCGGUUCCUCAUUGGGACAAUUUGUGCCACAUACUUCUUCCUAGUGCCCAUUUACAUGUGGAUCAAGGACAAGAUUGUGCCCCAAGGCCGGCCUAUCUAACUGAGGAUGCUACCUGGCAGGAGGAGACAAGAUUGGAGUCAAUAUCUGAUCUAAGCUGUGAAAAUACCACUUUUGUUUCAUGUUGUGUUCUGUAGCUAUAAAUAUGUGGACGCACGUGCCGUCAGAAGAUCGAUCGGUCAUGGGCUUCAUGCAUCAACCGAUACAGAGGCAGAUGCUCGAUGACGUGGGAAACUGAUUGACCAGACUUGUUUCCUGCUCAUGUAUCUCUCUUCGACUUGUGUGGACCCUCCCCUAAGAAGGUCCAUCAUCUCCGUGUAUAAAUAAAUCAAGUAGAAGUCAUUCGUUGUAACACAUAGUGAGUAUAUAAACAAUGGAGAAGUCAGUCACAUCUUCUCUACGUAUUAAAGUACAUAAACGUGUGCUCAUUGUCAUGCAAA